AUGCUUGCUAUCUUACCGCUUACCGUUCUGCUGGGCAGCUUCAUCGCCCGGGCUGCUGCUGACACCUCCUUCAUCACCCCCGGAGGAUCUGGCUCGACAGGAUGGAAGAAUAACCCGAGUUACGAGGUCGACGAGAGCAUGAAUGUCGAAUGGACCACAGAUCUUGAAGAGACAAACCUUCUGCUCUGGCAGGACUACCCUGCUGCUGGCGGCGGCACUCAGUUCUUCCUCCAACUUAGAGAAAACACAACGUCGACCAGCUUCAUCUGGCAAGUCAGCUUCAACGGCUUCUCCACACGAGUGAACAAAGGCGAAGAUGCCGUAUUUCACUUCUCGCUCUUCAAGUCCGGAACGAACGACAUCUACGCCAACAGCGCCGCCUUCAACGUGACCGUCCCGCAAGAGGAGGAGACCAGCGCAGCCUCAACCGUCGAACCCAGCCCAACGCCCACCAAAUCCGCCACCGAAACCACAACCAAGGCCGCGACCGAGUCAACAACAGAAGCAGCAGCCAGCAACAAGGACGAGGGUCUCUCCACUGGCGCAGUAGCAGGAAUUGCCGUCGGUGCGACACUCGGAGGCAUUGCUGUCCUCGCCGGUCUAGGAUUCCUUCUCUGGAAGCAUAUGCGAAAGGGUUCCGGCGCAGCAGCUGGAGGAUACGCCCCGCCCAGCGAGAUGGCCACUGGUGCGCAGAACCAACCCGUGCAAGAGUACUAUAAGGCCCCUGAGCCGCAUCAGCAAGCACCGGCUGAGAUGGCGGGUCAGCCCUGGGUUCACCCACCACAGGCUGGGUACCAGGGAGGUCUUCACGAGGCUCCUUAA